AAAGCAUUAAAAAUUAUACUGCGUGUCCACAGGCAAAAUCUCUAGCCACGCAUAAGAUUUCUAUUUACUAUUCUAGUACAAUCCUCGUAAUACUGAAUCUAGUACAAUUUUACAAACCAAAGUGAUACAUGUCAAAACCGCAACAAAAAGAGGUUAUGUUCCUGUUUACCUUUAACCAAUGGAUGUAAUAACAACAAAUAAAAUUAAAUAUAAUGCAACGCAGAAGAGUGGUAGUGACUGGGAUCGGGGUCUUAUGCCCCCUGGGCAGUACCCUAAAAGAAUCCUGGAAAAACUUAAUUGAGAGCCGCUGCGGAAUCACCAAACUGACCGGACCAGAAUACGAGACUCUACCCUGUAAAGUUGCGGCGUUUGUAAAAGAAAACGGCCAAAAGUUCGAUCUCUCUAAGCAUUUCACCAAGAGUCAAUUAAAAUCUAUGGCCCCGGCCACCGCUUACGCCCUUCUGGCCGCCAACGAAGCCCUGACCGACUCGAACCUACUCGAAUUAAGUGACGAAGUGAAAUUUAAAACAGGGGUGGCCAUCGGUAUGGGCAUGGUGGACUUGCAAGACGUCUGCUCCACGUACGAAGCCUUAAAGAAGGGCUAUCACCACGUCAGCCCCUUUUUCGUCCCGAGAAUCUUACCUAACCUAGCCGGUGGUCAAAUAAGCAUAAAAUACGGCUUUAAGGGCCCAAACCAUUCAGUUUCCACUGCUUGCGCCACUGGAGCUCACGCCAUCGGGGACUCCUUCAGGUUCAUCCGGGACGGAUGUGCGGAUAUUAUGGUUUGCGGUGGCACCGAGGCCUGCAUAUCCCCACUAUCGAUAGCAGCCUUUUGUCGACUAAGGGCUCUAUGUACAAACUUCAACGAGGACCCCACAAAAUCAUCCAGACCCUUUGACAAGCAACGGGAUGGUUUCGUAAUGGGCGAGGGCACAGCCAUUCUGGUCCUACAGGAGUUGGACAGUGCCCUAAAGCACAACAGUAAAAUCUAUGCAGAGGUUUUAGGUUAUGGUUUGUCGGGGGAUGCCUCACACUUAACCGCCCCCAGUCCGGAUGGCCUAGGAGCCUUCUUGGCCAUGGAGAGGGCAGUUAAGGAUGCUCAGCUUGACGUAUCCGAGGUGAGUUACGUGAACGCCCAUGCUACCUCGACCCCCAUGGGAGACGCCAUAGAAGUGAAAGCGAUCAAGAAGUUGUUCGAUAAUAAAACGGAAGGGGUGGCGGUGUCUUCGACGAAAGGGGCGCACGGGCAUUUGUUGGGGGCGGCGGGGAACUUGGAGGCGGCGUUUACCGUUAAGGCGAUAGAGGAGGGCGUUUUGCCGCCCACCUUGAACUUGGAGGAGAGUGAGGAUGCGGGGAUUAAUUUUGUGCCUGUGAGGAGUCAGAGGUGGGAGGCGAGGAAGAGAAGGAGGAGGAUCGCGUUGAAGAACGCUUUUGGGUUCGGGGGUACUAAUGCCAGUUUGUGUUUUGCUGAAUAUAAGUGACGAUAUUGUGUUAAGUAGUUUUAAGGGUAAAUGAGAUUGUCUUUUUCAGUUUUUCAAAAAUGUGAAUAAAAUCGGCUUAAUUGCAUGAA